AUGAGAAGGAACAAAGAAGUGAUCCUGUGCAAACUUGAUGGGUCAAUCAAGAUCGUGAACAAGGACGAGGUCGAGGUCAUGGUCACUUUCAUGGAAGAGGUCGUGAACGAAGCGGAGGGGAAUUUGCUCGCAGAGAAGGUGGCUACCAGAAUCAAAGUUUUGUUCGUGGAAGAGGGAGAAAUUCGAGAGGUCAACGAAAGUAGUGGAGCAGAUGAAAAGGCAAACUUGGUGAAUGAUGGUGAUCAAGUUCUUAUGCUGGCAUUUAAAGAAAAUGCUGAUGAAAAAAAUGAUACGUGGUACUUGGACACUGGAGCAAGUAACCACAUGUGCGGUCGAAAGGAGAUAUUCGUCGAAAUAGAUGAGACAGUAAAAGGAAAAGUCUCGUUCGGUGAUAAUUCCCAAAUUCUUGUCGAAGGGAAAGGUACGAUUCUAAUUCAUCUGAAGAAUGGAACACGUCGGUUUAUUACUAACGUGUAUUAUGUGCCGAAGAUGUCGAGCAAUAUUUUGAGUUUGGGACAGCUUCUGGAGAAAGGAUACUCUGUGCACAUGAAAGAUCUUAGCCUUGUGCUAAGAGAUCAAAAUAAUAGGUUGAUUGCAUUUGUAAAGAUGUCGAAGAAUAGGAUGUUCACCCCGAACAUCAAAGAUGAAAUGUCUACAUGCCUUCAAGCAUGUAUAGACAAUCCUUCGUGGCUAUGGCACUUGAGGUUCGGCCAUCUCAAUUUCGGCGGACUCAAUAUGCUUUCUCGCAAGAAGAUGGUAUAUGGCUUACCGCAUAUUGAUCAUCCCGAUCAAUUAUGUGAAGGGUGUGUUAUUGGCAAGCAUUCCAGAACCAGCUUUCCGAAGGAGUCGACGUAUCGAGGGAAGAAGCCACUGGAGUCGACGUAUCGAGGGAAGAAGUGA